GCAGCCUCCGCAAUCGCCUCAUUCCGUGGUCACAGCAAUGACGAAGUCCAGAGCUCCGGAGGCCCCACGACUGCGUGAAGCCCCAGCCCCUCCGAAAGCUGCUCGUCAAGUCGUCGACGAUAGACCACCAGCCCCCAGCCCACCUGUGGAGAGAGCGCGCACGCGACAUGUGCCUGCUUUCGACGAUGAUGACGAUUCCGAUUCGGCCCUUGUCCAACAUCGACGAGAAAAUCGAGGCGGUGAGGCUUUGGUUUCCUCACGUGACAGUAGUGGGUCCCGAUACCCACAACACGCAGCGCCAGCGCAUCAUCCCCGUGCUAGCGGCUUCGCCUCGCGCGUGCCAGUCGAGCACUAUCCAAAUCCUCCACCGCCUCCUCCAGGGUAUCAUCCAAGGUAUGGAUACCAGCCAGGUGCCCCACCAUACUACCCAAACCAACAUAGCUAUGGCAUGAGUCAGCCGGCAUAUUCAAAUCCCAAUCCCUACGGCCCCUCUUCUCACAACUCUUCCUCCCCAUAUCAAGAAACCUGGAACCAGUACCCACCAGGGUAUCCCCCCAAUGGCAGUUCACACCAACAUCAUGACACCUCGGGAUCUAGAGACUAUGGCAUGGGCAUGCCUGCUAUAGAGAACGGUUCUCCAUUUGACGGUGAAACAGCUGACAUAUUCUCUCGUAUAUCCCAGGCCAUUCCUGACCUGCACGCCUCGCUUGCAAGACAGAAGGAAGUACAUGGUCAGCUCUCGCAGAAGCUCAGAGCUAAAGACGAAGAGAUAUAUGAUCUGAAAGAGAGAAUCAUCAGCAUCGAGAACAAGCAUUCAGCUGAGGCCAAGGAGCAAGUAAAAGAGCUUCGGGAACAGAUCGCUGAGACUCAUAAACACAAGAGAGAGGCAGAAGAUACCAAGCUUGCGUGGGAAGCAUCAACGAAGUCUUGGGAGAUCAAGGUCAAAGAGUUGGAGGCCAUGUAUGCGGCCGAGAAAGCGCAGACAAGGAAGGAGUUCGAUGAGUGGAAAGCGGCUGCGACCACAAGGCAUGAUGCUGAGAAGAUAGCGCUUGCCAUUCAGUAUGACAAGAAGCUGAAGGAAGCAGAUCUGCUUGCCGAAACAAGGAGGCAGGAAGAGGUGGACACUCUUGCUGCUGAGAAGGAGGAGCUGAGAGCCGAGCACGAGCGACAGCAGUACGAGCGUGAAGCCAGCUUCAACAAUGAGCGCGAUGAGCUUGAGAUAAAGCUCAGCGCUGCUCAGAGGGACCACGAAGAGGCCCGGGAGAACUGGCUAGCUGAGCGCGAGAACCUCAUUAGAAGUCACCAGGAGCACAGCGACAGUCUUCAAAGUGGCUGGAGCGAAGAGCGCGAGGCCCUGGAUGCUAAGUACCAGCAGGCCAAGGGAGAGUCUGACAGGGCUUGGGCCGAGCUUCACAGUGAUGCGAACAGAAGAGCUGAUGAGUUGGCCCGUGAAAGGGACGACCUGCUCAGAAAGUACAACGAGCUGAAGGCAGAGAGCCAGAAAGAGAAGGAGAUCAUCAAGAGCGUCGCUAGCAACCUCGAGUCCGAGAAGGCUAGGUUGGAGAAGAUGAUGGAAUGCUAUGGAGACAUUGCAGAGAUCAAAAGCAAGGGCGACACAUACUAGUAAGUACAUUUGGACUGUUCAAAUUUGAUUUGGAGGAUCUCGUGGGGUUGAGGAGGGCCAAAUGUCUUGGGUCAUUUGCGCCUGCCCACCAGCAAGCGCACGUGGCAUCCAAGGCAGGCAGCCUGGACUGUAUCUCGACCGUAGAGCUAGACAGUUAUCCUCGUGUUCUGUAA